AUGAGGAGUACACAAUCCAAUUCAUUCAAGUCAAAAUUCAAGAACACAGUAGAAACAGUGUUGAAUCUUGAAGAUGACAAUGAUGAUUUCGUUGUUGAACCUGAAGAACAAAUUCAGGAAGAAGAACAUGUGAACCGAGAAAGAAGGUCAAAGAAAAAACUUGAUAAAGCAGUUGAACGAAAGACAAAUAAGGGCAUUGCUGAAUCUGUCAAAGAGGAACAAGAAGAUAAUGUUAGAAAAACAAAUAAGGAAUACCCACCUGGUUUAAGAUACCUUCCAACCAGAAUGAAAUGUGAUAACUUCACUGCAGCUGUUAUGGGAAUGUCGCCAGAACAAAAACAAGCAAUCUUGAGAAUGGGUUUUGGAUCAAUUCUGCAAGUUAAUAUUACAAGUUAUCCGGGACAACUAAGAUACUAUCUUUUAGAUGUGUAUGAUCCCAAUAGUAAACGACUUGUCCUACAAAACUCUGUUAUUGAGAUAACAGAACAAACAGUGCAUGAUAUGAUGGGGUUGCCAUUUGGUGGAGAAGACAUCAAUGAGUUACCAUUGUGUGAUAAGGGAAAUCAAAUUCUAGAAGAAUGGAGGGGACAAUAUAGUUGUGAUAAGUUCAACUGUGAGGAGUAUUUAAGAAGGAUUCAGGCUACAACAAAUGAUAGUUUGAUGUUUAGGCUGAAUUUUUUGACCCUUUUUGUUAACAACUUCAUAGAGUCAAUGUUAAUGGGAACAAAUCAAAUAAAAGUGGUAAGGAAGUUGGUGUUGGUAGAAUACUUUUCAAAGUUAAAUUGGUGUAAAUAUAUGCUUGAUUGUUUGGGAUCUAGAAAAAAACUAUGGAAAAGGGAUGACAAAUCAAGCUACUACAGUGGUCCUAUUACACUUCUGAUUUUGGUGUACGUGUAUGACAUAAAGUAUUCUAUCAAGUUAGACAAAAGGCUUCCUUUUAUUGGGCAUAUAAAUUGUGCUAAAUUAUUAGAGAUUCAACGAUUGGAAAUCAGUUUGGGAGGGUUCGGGAGGCUGUUUCGGGAUGAGCAUGAUGAUGUCGAUAUGGGCGAUGAAACAUGA